GAUUCUUUAAAAAAUGACUCCGAAAAUGAAGUAGUCGGCCAUAACUCAACAAACAGAGAGUUGACGCAUCUUUUGCAUCCCCUCCGCCGCGCCGUCGACUCCGUUUCCGAUAUAUACUGCAUCUGGAAGACUGUGCGCUCGUCUUUAGACCAAAAGAAUGGCUUCGUUUGUUUCUACCGAUUGUAUCCUUUCUAACUAUCACUCUCAGCUUGGAUUUGUGCCUCGUGAUGGCCAAUAUAUGUUUUGUGGUAGUAGUAACAUCUUACAUCUUCAAAAUGCUCCUAAAAGUCCAAGGUCUCUCUCGUUUGCGCUUUCUAUGCGAGAAAUUAAGCCACAUAUUGCUGUUCAGAGCAAGGGUGGAUCAGCUCUUUUGCAGACAGCUGCUGUGCGGCAUCUGACAGGUUCUGUUAUCAGAACCCAGGGACUUCGUUUCGCUGUGGUUGUUGCACGAUUUAAUGAAAUUAUUACUAAACAGCUCUUAGAGGGAGCUUUAAGUACUUUCAAGAAUUAUUCAGUUCGAGAUGAGGACAUUGAUGUUGUGUGGGUACCUGGUAGUUUUGAAAUAGGUGUUGUUGCAGCAAAACUGGGAAAAUCAGGCAAAUAUCAUGCAAUCUUAUGCAUAGGAGCUGUGGUACGAGGAGACACAACCCACUAUGAUGCAGUUGCUAAUUCAGCAGCAUCCGGAGUGCUUUCAGCUAGUCUAAACUCAGGUGUUCCAUGCAUAUUUGGUGUCUUAACAUGUGAAAAUAUGGAUCAGGCUCUAAAUCGAGCUGGUGGCAAAUCUGGAAAUAAGGGUGCUGAGGCUGCAUUGACUGCUAUUGAGAUGGCAUCCUUGUUCGAGCACCAUCUGAAGUAGUCAGAGUGUUUGAACCAAUCUCGUAGUGCAGUAAGUUGCAACGGCAUUUUUAACGGCAUUUUUAUCCCGAUUUUCACCUCGAGACUACAUAUGUUGUAGUUCAAGAUAUAUACUCGUAUGUUCCCAAGAUAUAUACAUCAUUAGACAUCUAAUGAUGUAAAUGAAAUGGAAUGGAACAGAACUGAAUGAAAUAAAUAUGUCAAUUUAUUGUUUGGAUAUUUUACGAUAAAGGGAAUAAAGUUCCUUGGAUUUUUUAGGCAGCGAAUGGAAUAUUAAGGGUUAAAGUUUU